AUGAUGAAUAUGAAUAGACCACCUACGAGAGAAGAUGUUCAAAAGAUAGUAGCACGGUGGCUACAACUUAAAGAACAAUAUGGAGAACAGGUUGUAAAUGUCCCUGAGUUUAACAAUCUUAAUAAAACUAUCAAUUUUAUAAAGAUGCAACAACGUCAAUUUCAACAACAACAGCAACAACAGCAACAACAACCACAACCUCAACCACAACCACAACCUCAACCACAACCUCAACCACAACCUCAACAACAACCUCAACAACCUCAACAACAACAACAACAAAUGAAUCAGCAACUUCAACCACCUCCACCACCUUCCCAAUCCCCAAAUCCAACUAAUAUGCAUCAAUAUCCUAAUCAAAAUCAACAACAAUUUAUGAACCAAAAUCAAAAUCAAAAUCAUCAAUCUCCAGCAAUGAAUUUGUCAAAUAAUGGUACUCCUGUCACGCAAAAUGCAAAUUAUAACCCAGGGCCAAUGAAUAAUAAUGUAAUAGAGUUACCUUUCACGAAACUUCAAGAGUCAUUGUUCAAAUCUCAGAUACAAUCAUUGAAGAUAUUAACUAAAUCUGCUGGUCAAGGUAAUCAAAUACCACAAAAUUUGCUAGCUUUUGUUACAAAUCCUAAUUCUGCAUAUCCAUCCUCCGAGUAUAUAAGGUUGAAUGGACCUCAAAUGAAUUCAAAUGUACCUCCACCACAACAACAAUUUCCAGUAUCUCAACCACAACCUAAUUUGCAAACUCCAAAUUCAAAUAUAGGAGGAACACCCGAAAUACCAGAGAAAAAGAAGAAAAGAGGUCCGAAACCCAAGAAUCAACCAAAGAAACCAACUAAGAAACAAUUGAGAGAAGAAGAGGAAAGACAAAAGGCUGAAAGGGAACAACAAGCAAAAUUGGAAGAAGCAAAACAAAAUCAAAAUGCAUUCAUUCGACAACAACAACAACAACAGCAACAACAACAACAACAACAACAACAACAGCAACAACAUCAUCAUCAACAACAACAACAACCUCAACCAUCUCAACAACCUCAACAGCAAACUAAUCAACCACAACCGACUCCUCAACAAGGAAAUUUACCACAACCGGGGCAAAUUAAUCAAGCAUCUCCUCCACCAACUCAACAACAAUCAUAUUCACAAUUAAAUUCACAUGAAGCCACUCCAGCUCCCCAACCAGUUGCGCCACCGCCUCAACCGCAAUCUCCUCAGUAUCUUACUGCAAAUCCAAGUCCACCAGUUGUAAUAAGUAAACUAAUACCUGACAAAUCCAAUGAUAAGAAAAUUGUUAUACCGAUCAACAAACCAGAUAUUCAAGUGGAUAUGUUUGAAUUAACUCAAAUUGUUGGAGAUCACGUUCAAGAUGUUUCAUUAAGUGCUUUAUACACACCAUCAAGUAGAUUUCAAAUACCUUCAAUUAUGCCUGAUGGGGUAAAUAUCGAUGAAAUAAAAUCUAAUAGAGAAGCAUUUGUUUUGGUGAGGAUAGAACAAGAGAAGAAAGAAUUAAAGGAAAAGUUAAAAUCUUCUGAUGAUGAUGAAAAACUGAAGUUGGUGAGUCAAUUAUACGAAUUAGAAUUGAUACCUUAUCAAAAACAACUACGUGGUAAAAUCUCAACGCAUUUAUGGUUUGGUAAAUCAUUGUUAUCCAAUUCACAUCCUAAUUUUUUGGCAAGAUUUAACGCUUUAUCAUUAGAUAAUGUACAUGCGACUACUGAACUUUAUAGACAUCAAUUAGAAUAUCAAAUGAAAGAGCAAAAUAAGAAACAUGGUAAAACAAUUGAAGAAAUUUUGAAAUACUGUCAAGCUAAUAUUUAUAAAACUGCUAAAAAAUCUGAAAGAAUGUCAAGAUUCAUGAAUAAAAUAAAUAAUUUACAUGCUCAAACAGCUAAAGAAGAGCAAAAGAAGUUGGAAAAAAUGGCUAAACAACGUUUACAAGCUUUGAAACUGAAUGAUGAAGAAGCUUAUUUGAAAUUGUUGGAUCAUACGAAAGAUUCUAGAAUUACUCAUUUAUUAAAACAAACCAAUCAAUUUUUAGAUUCAUUAGCACUAGCUGUUCAAACUCAACAAAAAGAAGCUCAUGAAAAUUUGGUAAAUUCUGGUCGUAUUACUGAAACUGAACCUGUUAAAUCUGAGGAAAUUGAUGAUGAAAAGAGAGAAAAGAUUGAUUAUUAUAACGUUGCUCAUAGAAAAAAAGAAGAAGUUACAAAACAACCAAGUAUACUUGUUGGUGGUACACUUAAAGAAUAUCAAUUGAAAGGUUUACAGUGGAUGGUUUCAUUAUUCAAUAAUCAUUUAAAUGGUAUUUUAGCAGAUGAAAUGGGUUUAGGUAAAACUAUUCAAACAAUUUCAUUAAUUACAUAUUUAAUUGAAACCAAACGAAUUCAGGGUCCAUUUUUAGUCAUUGUACCAUUAUCAACUAUAACAAAUUGGAAUAUUGAAUUUGAAAAAUGGGCUCCUACUGUCAAAAAGAUUACUUAUAAAGGUACUCCAAAUCAACGUAAAGGAAUGCAACAUGAUAUAAGAAUAGGUAAUUUUCAAGUUGUCUUAACUACUUUUGAAUAUAUUAUCAAAGAUAAAGCAUUAUUAGGUAGAGUUAAAUGGGUCCAUAUGAUUAUUGAUGAAGGUCAUAGAAUGAAAAAUGCAAAUUCCAAAUUAUCUGAAACUUUAACAACUAAUUAUCAUAGUGAUUACAGAUUAAUUUUAACCGGUACUCCAUUACAGAACAACUUACCCGAAUUAUGGGCAUUAUUGAAUUUUGUUUUACCAAAAAUUUUCAAUUCAGUUAAAUCUUUUGAUGAAUGGUUUAAUACUCCUUUUGCAAAUACUGGUGGUCAAGAUAAGAUAGAAUUAAGUGAAGAAGAAACUUUAUUAGUUAUUAGAAGAUUGCAUAAAGUUUUAAGACCAUUUUUAUUGAGAAGAUUGAAGAAAGAUGUUGAAAAAGAUUUACCUAAUAAAGUUGAAAAAGUUGUUAAAUGUAAGAUGUCAUCAUUACAAUCUAAAUUAUAUCAACAAAUGUUGAGGUAUAAUCUUUUAUUUGCUGGAAAUCCAGAAGAUCCUUCAAUGGCAGUAACUAUCAAAAAUGCUAAUAAUCAAAUUAUGCAAUUGAAAAAAAUUUGUAAUCAUCCUUUUGUUUAUGAAGAAGUUGAAAAUUUAAUUAAUCCAGCAGCUGAAAAUAAUGAUCAAAUUUGGAGAGUUGCUGGUAAAUUUGAAUUAUUAGAUAAAGUUUUACCAAAAUUCAAACAAACUGGUCAUAAAGUUUUAAUUUUCUUUCAAAUGACACAAGUUAUGGAUAUAAUGGAAGAUUUCUUGAGGUUUAGAGGUUUGAAAUAUAUGAGAUUAGAUGGUGGAACUAAAGCAGAUGAUAGAACUGAAUUAUUGAAAUUAUUCAAUGCUCCAGACUCUGAUUAUUUUUGUUUCCUUUUAUCUACAAGAGCUGGUGGUUUGGGUUUGAAUUUGCAAACUGCUGAUACUGUUGUUAUUUUUGAUACUGAUUGGAAUCCACAUCAAGAUUUACAAGCUCAAGAUAGAGCUCAUCGUAUUGGACAAAAAAAUGAAGUUAGAAUCUUGAGAUUAAUUACCGAGAACUCGGUUGAGGAAAUGAUUUUAGAUAGAGCUCAUGCUAAAUUAGAAAUUGAUGGUAAAGUUAUUCAAGCUGGUAAAUUUGAUAAUAAAUCGACAGCAGAAGAACAAGAAGCUAUGUUGAGAGCAUUAAUUGAAAAAGAAGAUGAAAGAAGACAAAAGGGUAAUGAAGAUGAAGAUGAGGAUUUAGAUGAUGAUGAAUUGAAUCAAAUUAUUGCUAGAAAUGAAGGUGAAUUAGAUAUUUUUAGAAAAUUGGAUGAAGAUAGAUAUGCAGAAACUAGAGAUGCUUCAUACCCAGCUAGAUUGUAUACCGAACAAGAAUUACCAGAAAUUUAUAAAAAAGACCCUGAAGAAUUUUUGAAAAAGGAUGAAAUUGUUAUGGAAGAUUAUGGUAGAGGUACCAGAGAAAGAAAAACAACAUUUUAUGAUGAUAAUUUAACCGAAGAACAAUGGUUAAAACAAAUUGAUGGAGUAAUUUCUGAUGAUGAAGAUUUAGAUGAUAUUGAUUUAGCCGACGUUAAACCCAAAAAAAGAGGAAGAAGAGGUAGAAAACCUAAAAAUUUUGUUGUUGAUGAUGAUGUUGAAGAUGGAGAAUAUUCAAAUAAAAGAAGUUUAGAAGAUUCGGAAACUGAUUUUGCACCAGGUAUGAAAAGACAAAAAUCAGCAACUCCGAAAGCUGAAAAUUCAUCAAGUACAUCUGCAUCUACAAGAGGGUCAGGAAGAGGUAGAGGUAGAGGUAGAGGACGUGGAAGAGGAAGAGGUGGUUCUUUAUUGAACAGAUUUGCUCCCGCCAUUGAUCCAUUAACAUUAGAUGAAAGAGCAAAAUUACAAAACAAUAUUGAAAACAUUUUAGGUUUGUUAAUGAAUUAUAAGAAUGAACAUGAUAGAAAAUUAAGUGAUUUAUUUUUAAUCAAACCAUCGAGAAAAUUAUAUCCAGAUUAUUAUGUUUUAAUUAAACAUCCAAUUGCGUUAGAUGUAAUUAAAAAAAGGGCUUCAUCUAAGACAUAUACUCAAAUUCGUGAAUUUAUGGAAGAUUUACACAUUAUGUUUAGUAAUGCCAAGAUAUAUAAUGAAGAAGGAAGCAUAGUUUAUCAAGAUGCUGCAUAUUUAGAAAGAAUUGCAAUUGAUAAGUAUAGAGAACUUGCGUCACACGAUUUAUCUGAUGAUGAAAUUGAUCAAAGUUUAGACUUUACUAAAUUUGACGAAACAUUUGGAUUAAAACCAUUACAACCAUCAACAGCCAUUAAAAGACCUAUAGAAGCAAAAUUAGAAAGAAUAGAUAAUGGUGAAAAAGUAGAGAGUCCAAUUAUAUCAUUUUCAACAUCUGGAAAUACAGAAGAAUCAACACCUGCAAAUUUUGACUAA